ACGAUCUGAUGUUUAUAAAAGCAUGAAGCAAACUACCACGUUGACUUUUUUAUGUUUAUGUGGAAUUCAAGAAAAUACUGGAUAUAAAAAAAACAGGUUCAAAUUAGAAAAAAAAGAUGGUGUUGAAGUAGCUGAUAAGAGUGAAGAAUUACAAACUACAUCGAUUAAGAACAAAGGCUAG